GCAAUACAGUACUCAUGGGAAACACGAACUAGACUUUGCUGCUUCUUUAGAACAUCAUAUGUCAAUGCUAAAUAAUUUUCAAGUCAAAGUCAUAAAAUUAAAAUUAAGGACCACAUUUUUCAGAUACUCUGCUCUUUAUGAAUCGCACGAUGACUUCCGAGGACAGGACAGAUUUGCUCGAUGUGGUGACUCCACGCCAUUCACUGCUCUCGGCAAGGUUUAAGCAGAGUUUCGCUUAUAUAGCGCUGCAGUCGCGUAUGCCGGGUAUCAUGCAGCAGGUUAUUAAUGCACUGUGGUCUAAUGAACAGGAGCUGAAGGACCUUCAUGGCCCGGAGGCUUGUAAAGAUAUACGCAUCAUCAUCGAGAGCAUCGAGCGCUUGAAGAAGGAGCUACAACGCGAUCGCCAGUUCCAGCAGUUCCGUGGCAACGAACCUGAUAAGGCCGAGUGGAAUGCAUUUAUAAUGGAGUUGCCACACCCCAAACGCUCGUACUUUCGCGCAAGUUGGCUGCACUCCGAGUGUUACCUGUACAGGCGCAUCAGCUCCUUUUUCCAGAAUAGCAAACAUUUGCAAAACUUUGAUUAUUUCGCAGAUCUGAAGCAGGAGGACUUAAAGAUCAGCGAGCGUGCGAUUCUCUGCCUCACCGAAGCCACACGGGAACUGGGCAAAAAUUUCGUGUCAUUUAGUCAGCUAAUGCACAUCAAUAUGUGGAGCAAUCGCUUUGAGAUACAGUUGAAUGCUUUUGUCUUUAACACGCCCAGAGAUAAGAAAAACAUCGAUGUGCUGGCCCGCGUAGCAGAUCUGGACAAGCGACUGUUGGUGGAUGAUAGCAACUUGGUGUGGGAUUGCCUGAUGAAGGUCAAGGGACAGAAAAGCAUCAUUGUAGACUACAUCUGUGAUAAUGCCGGUUUCGAGCUGUUUACAGACUUGCUGUUCAUAGAGUAUUUGGUCAACCAUAAUCUGGUCACCCAGGUGCGAAUGCACGUGAAGACCAUUCCCUGGUACAUCUCCGAUGUGAUGCUGCACGACAUUGAAUGGACUAUCGAAUAUCUGAAGAACUACAAGAGCGAGGUCGUCUCAGCGCUGGGCAAGAAGCUGGAACGUCUAAUGAAGGAGCAGCGCAUUAUUGUAGCACCCCCAUCACAUUUCUGGACCGGUCCACAGUCCUUCUUUGUCAUGUUCGAUUCCAAUAUCGAUCUGUACAAGAUGCUGGCUCAGGCUCACUUGAUCAUCUUCAAGGGUGAUCUGAACUAUCGCAAGCUCCUUGGCGACUACAUCUGGGACUCCACGGAGGAGUUCAUUACGUGCCUGCGGGGCUUCCGGCCGGCAAAUAUGUGUGCUAUGCGCAAUGUGAAGUGCGAGGUGAUCUGUGGCUUGCCCCAAGGUACCGCCGAUCGUUUGCUGAAGGUCGAUCCCACAUGGAUGAUAUCGGGCACCUAUGGCGUCAUUCAUUACACGGACAGCUUAAAGUGCAAAUGCGAUAGUCGGCAUUCUGCGUGUUCGCUAACUCAGAGACUACAGCACUAGCCACUAGCCGCCUUAAGCCAAGUUUCACUUGUCGACACUUACAUAUGUCCCGCCCGGGGAGCCAUAUACUUACUCCUUGGUUCAAUUCGGCAAUCAGCAGCCAACAGAAAAACGCAUCGCCAGCAGUUAAAAUUUGAGUGAUUUUUUGCACUUUUAUUAAAAUUUACAAUUGCAAACGCGUCUGCAACUGCUACUGCACCUGGUCAGAGUGGGGCGUGUUAGGGGCUGGGCUAUAUCUUAAUUUGCAUAUGGCUGGCAGCGUAGAAAACUCAGUUCCCAAAAUAAAUGAGCCCAUAUUUGUCAGUA